AAUAUAUAUUCCCAAACACAACGCCCUGCAUUCCCAAAGUUUUUCCUUCUCUCCUGUGCUAGAAUUUUGUGAAUCUCUGAUCGUGCCUGCCAUAGAAUCUGAAUCAUCAGCCCUUUGCUCGAAAGAUGGGAGGUGGAAAGGACAAGCAUGAUGAAUCUGACAAAGGAAUUUUUUCACACCUGGCUCAUGCUGCAGCUCAAGGCGGACAUGGGUAUCCUCCUGGUUCCUACCCUCCACAUGGGUACCCACCUCAGCAAGGCUAUCCCCCGGCAGGGUACCCACCUCAGCAAGGCUAUCACCCGGCAGGGUACCCACCUCAGCAAGGCUAUCCCCCGGCAGGGUACCCACCUCAGCAAGGCUAUCCCCCGGCAGGGUACCCACCUCAACAAGGUUACCCUCCUGCUGGUUAUCCCGGUCCAUCUGCUCCAGGUCAUAGUCAUGGUCAUGGCAUGGGAGCGGUGCUUGCUGGGGGUGCUGCACUUGCAGGUGCCGCAUACGGCGCUCACCACCUUGGCCAUGGUGGUGGUCAUUAUGCGCAUGGUGGUCACAUGGGCCAUGGCAAAUUCAAGGGCCAUGGCAAGUUCAAGCAUGGAAAGUUCGGAAAACAUGGGAAACACGGCAAACAUGGGAAGCAUGGUGGAUUCGGGUUCAAGAAGUGGAAGUGAUCUUAUGUCUCUCAGACAUCUUCUCCAAUACUUACUGCCUUCGUUUUUAAAAAUAAGCCAUACUUCUGAGCAAGCCAGCCUGUUCUUGGCUCGGCCCCCCUUUUUCGCUUUUUGGGAAUUUGAUAUAUGACCCGUGUGUUCCUAGUUUGGAUUCUAGAAUCUGAACGGCAUGAAUCAUAGAUGUAAAAUUCUGGCUUCUUUGCUAUAGCGACUAAGAUGACUAAUGCCAAGUUUGUUUUGUUUUUGUCACCCUUAUCGGAAAAGCGAGGGAUUCUGAUAGUCAAGAACAUGAUCGGUUUGUUGGUGUU